AUGGCUACGGAAGAACAACUUAAGAGGAGGAGGGAAAGAUUUUCUAAGGAAUCAAAUAAACCGUCUUCUUAUGGAUUGGUGAGCCGUGGGGAUGAUCUACGGUUGAAAGACGAGCAAGAACGAAAGAAGCUUUUUAGCCAUAUAAAGAAGCUCUGUGGUGAGAAGAGCCCCCCAAGGGAUGAAAUUUUGCUUGGUUUGAGGAAAUUAAGGGAAGCAAUACUUGACAAGCCAAUUGUUGAUAACGAAGCAAAUGAAAUCUACGUAUUCUCCAUCCAAGAAUCAGUCAAGUUUGGCCACUACCAAACGUACCUGCCCUUGCUAUUAAAUGUACUAAAGGGAUUGAAGCUGGAUAGUGACCAAUUAGGGGAGUUCAGCUCUUAUUUGGUGCUACAUUUGUCCCAUUUCAAUCAAGAAUACCAAAAGGCUAUUAGAGUCUACUUUGAAUACAGAGAUCAAUUGCCUAUCAACUCCUACGGGAGAGAACAACUAAACCACAGCUUCGAGCUUGUCAAGCUGCUGAUACUUCAAAAGUAUGACCGAUGGUUCAGAUAUUACCACGAAUGCCAGUAUAACCCUAAACUUUCCAUACAGCUGUUGUUUUUAAAAAUGGGGUACCACCAGGUGGUAGCGCAUGCAAUUAAUACCUUCAACAGAUCAUAUUUCAUUUUACCCACCCAAUACCUACAAGACUACUUCCAAACAGACCUUAAUGAACUCAUCAAAGACUCUUCAUGGAAGGUCCAAAACGAUAGCAUAGUGAUUAGAGAGAGACACAGACAAUAA